AUGGUAUCGAACUGGGUUGGCUUCGCAUGCUCACAUGCUCCUUAUGGAGCUGCACAGUGGCGCCUCCCUCUCGGCAUCCAGGUUCCGUGGGGCAUCAUCAUGUUUGUCGGACUCAGCACAUUCAUGCCGAAUUCCCCACGGCAGCUAGUCCGCCAGGGAAAGAUUGAUGAAGCCAAAGUUGAAUUUAUAAAGACGCGCAGAGAGCUCGAGACUUACCAUGUUGACGAAGAGUUCACAUUCAUGCUCCAACAGAUUCAGUUUGAGAAGGAGCGGGAGGUGACCUCCUACAAGGAGAUCUUCAGACUAUUCCGACGCCGUGCACUGGUGUCCAUUGCGGUACAGACCAUGACGAGCUUGACAGGCGUCAAUGUUAUCCAGUACUAUCAAACGAUCCUAUAUAAGGGCUUGGGUAUGAGCCCAAAUACGAUCCUUGCCCUGGCUGGCGUUUAUGGAACCAUUACUUUUGUCUCAAACGCAAUCACCACGUUAACCCUCACUGACCAGUGGGGACGUCGCAAGUAUGUCUACAGUCCCAUCUCUGCUACCGUGGAGCAUCUCUCAUGUGUCUCUAGAAUGAUUCUUUGUGGGCUGUCGGGAGUCAUCCUUGUUGAGGUCUACGCCGCCGUAAUGCAGAAUCAGUUCCAAGACACCAACAACAAGAUCGGCAAAGGCUUUACCGUCUUGGGCAUCUACCUCUUUGCCGUCAUUUACUAUGGAAUGCUGAAUAGUACGACGUGGCUCUACGGCGCUGAGGUCCUGCCAAUAGCUCUACGAAGCAAGAUUAUGGGACUCGCAGCUGCUUCCCACUUCGUUGUCAAUGUCGGAAUUACUGAGGCAGGCCCUAGCGCAUUUGCCAAUAUCAAAGAGAGCUACUACUAUGUUUUUGUCGGCUGCAGCUGUUUCUUUCUCGUAAUAGCUUACUUUUACUUCCCUGAAACUAAGAAAAAGGGAUUGGAGGAGAUUGCGGCUGCAUUUGGGGACAAGGUUGUCACGGCAAAGGAUACAAAGACGGGCAUGGAGCCUACUGUAGAGCAUAGAGUAAAAGUCUAG